UCCAUAGUGGAUCUAAGAUAAUAGUGAGAGUCCAGUCCAUAGUGGAUCUAACAUAAUAGUGAGAGUCCAGUCCAUAGUGGAUCUAACAUAAUAGUGAGAGUCCAGUCCAUAGUGGGGCCAGCAGGAGACCAUCCUGAGCGGAGACGGGUCAGCAGAGCAGAUAUGUCCCCAACCGAUGCACAGGUGAGCGGUCCACCCCGGGUCCCGACUCUGGACAGCCAGCACUUCAUCCAUGGCCACCGGACCUGUGUUAGAUGUAAAUAUAAACAGAAUACAAUGAUUUGCAAAUCAUUGUAUUCCGUUUAUAUUUACAUCCAACACAAUUUCCCAAUUUAUAUGGAAACGGGGUUUGUAAACACAACAACAACAUCGGAAGUUAUCUUUAUUUGUAAGUUAUCAUGCCAUGACUUUACAAGUCAGGCCCGCUGGGGAGUAGAUGUUCCUCCAUGUGGCCGCUUAGUUCGACAUCCCCCCACCUUCGGAGUAUGGGGAGCCACCCCAAAAUGCUCCGCAUCCGUAGGAAACAUAACAAUGCUUGAGCCCUAGAAACUGGAAGUGGUGCUCAGUGCUGGGUAGAGCGAGGGAGGGUGGUGCACGGGCAGGAGGAGGAGGAGGAGGAGUUUGCGGUGUCAGGCUCGCAGUGGAAGUGAGGGCAAGGGGAAGACGCCGCAGGACCACAGACCAGACCGCACCAUCCUCCAGUUACCGUUGCAGUUGCUGUUUGCACAACAAAGGUGUGUCCCACCGGCCCCGGGAGCCCAGAUGGAGCGAAUGGAAGACGACAAGCCCAAGAAGAAGAAAGUCACCUUCUACCUGCUUUACUGCAUUUCCACCGCCGUCAUUGGCUCGCUGCAGUUUGGCUACAACACUGGAGUCAUCAAUGCACCUGAGAAGAAACUGCGUGGAUUCUUCCAGAAUGUUUCCCUGGAUCGCUACGGCGAGUCGUUCAGCCCGGGCACCAACACCAUGGUGUGGAGCUUGGCGGUGGCCAUCUUCAGCGUGGGCGGCAUGCUGGGCUCCUUCAGCGUGGGAGUGGUGGUCAACAAGUUUGGCCGGAGGAAGUCCAUGCUGCUGGCCAACAUCCUGGCCCUGGUGGGCGGGGGUCUGAUGGGACUGUCCAGCCUGAGCCAGUCCUUCGAGAUGGUCAUCGUGGGCCGCCUGGUCAUCGGCGUGUUCUGCGGCCUGUGCACGGGUCUGACCCCCAUGUACGUGGGCGAGCUGGCCCCCACCGCCCUCCGGGGAGCCUUUGGCACCCUGCACCAGCUGGGCGUGGUUCUUGGCAUCCUGGUGGCCCAGAUCUUUGGACUGGAAUCUCUUCUGGGCUCGGACUCUCUGUGGCCCCUCCUGCUGGCCCUCACGGUCCUGCCCGCUGUGCUGCAGAGCAUCCUGCUGCCAUUUUGUCCUGAGAGCCCGCGCUACCUUCUCAUCGUCCUCAACCAGGAGGAGGCGGCCAGGAAAGCCCUGGUGCGCCUGCGCGGCACUGAAGACGUGAGCGAGGACAUCGAGGAGAUGAAGGAGGAAGGCAUGAGGAUGGCCAUGGAGAAGAAGGUGACCAUCUUGGACCUUUUCCGCUCUCAGAACUACCGGCAGCCCAUCAUCAUCGCCAUCAUCCUGCAGCUUUCUCAGCAGCUGUCAGGCAUCAACGCCGUCUUCUACUACUCCACCAACAUCUUUUCCACAGCAGGCGAUCAACCGAUCUACGCCACCAUCGGUGCAGGGGUGGUCAACACGGUAUUCACUGUUGUGUCGCUCUUCUUGGUGGAAAGGGCGGGCCGGAGGACCUUGCACCUGAUUGGACUGGGAGGAAUGGCCAUUUCUGCCCUGAUUAUGACCAUCUCGCUCUCUCUGGUGAAAAAGAACCCCUCCCUCAGCUACUUGGCCAUCGUGGGGGUCUUUGGCUUCGUGGCCAGCUUUGAGAUGGGCCCCGGCCCCAUCCCCUGGUUCAUCGUGGCCGAGCUCUUCUCUCAGGGUCCCCGCCCGGCCGCCAUGGCCAUCUCCGGCUUCUCCAACUGGACCGCCAACUUCCUGGUGGGCAUAGGUUUUCCUAAACUGGAGGAACUCUGCGGUCCUUACGUCUUCAUCAUCUUCAUGGCGCUGCUUAUCUUCUUCUUCAUCUUCACCUUCCUGCGGGUGCCCGAGACCAAAGGGAGGACGUUCGACGACAUCGCCCAAGGGUUCGCCGCCAGGGCCUCGUCCUCCGCGGCGGCCCCCGAAGCGGCGACGGCUCCGGUGGCGGUGGUGGCGGACCCGGCUGCCGGCAAAGACGCCGCAGCGACUCCACUCUCCCCGUCGGAGAAAGUCCCCAUGGUGGAUCUGCCCUCAGACACGCCGUGAGAGAGCUUAG